AUGCCAUUUGUGUUGGCUCUCGUCGCAUGCCGACACUCAAAACUCAGUGAUAACGAUUUUUAUGAGAGUCUGAUAAAACGAGAUGGUGUGUCCUGCCUUCUUCUCGCCUCCACUUUCAGCUACGCUCAAGACUUGUCAUGCGUCGACGCGAAAUUCCAAGCGUGUCAAUACAACAUGGCCAUGAACUUGGGAUUGAAUGACACCGUAUCUGCUCAGCUAUUCAAGGACUACACCAUCAUGUACAACUAUUUCUUGUACAUGUUCGGAAGAAAUCCAGGACAGACUGCUGAUAUGUUGACUGUUUGCAACAGCCUCGAGACCUUCAAUCUCUGCAUGCACGGAAACCGUGGAUGUCUUGAUAUUUCGAAUUUGAUCAAGAAAACAGACAUUAACAAUGCUUACGCCGUGGAAGCCACCUACCGACAAUACUCGUCCUUCAAUUGUGGCCCAGGAAUUAAUACCCUCGAACACGAAGGUCUCACCUGCCCACAACGUGUUCUCAACACUCGACAGAACAUUCUCCAAGGAUGCGUCCAAACCUAUAUCACUAACACCGCCAAUGACGCUACCAACGGUUGCAAAUACGGUCAAGAUCUCAUGAACUGCUGGUCCGCUCCAUUCCAGGCUGCCUCAUGUCGCCGUGAAAAUGGAGUUGCCACGUGGUGGGCUUGUGAACAGAAUAAGGUUUUCGUCAAGACUACUUUCCCUAGCUGCCCAUUGGCUUGCGAUGAGAAAUUCGGACCAUUCUUCGGUGCAAGUGCUUCGUGGCUCGAUACUCACCACAAGAUUGUUGAAGGAGAACAUUGGUUCAAGAUGCCUGAUACCGUGGAGAAACGAGACGGACAACUGGUCACUGUUGAUGGAGUUUGGCUCAAAUAA